ACGAAAAGCAUCAUGAACCAGGAAAAGGGGAAGGUUGGCUUCGUUGCGGAGCCGCAGACCUCCGAGAUGGAACCAGGGUCAGCCGUUGGGCCGCUCAGGUCGUCCGUGCAGAGAGGAGGAGGUCGCGAUUGAUCGAGGGAGGGAGGACGGCGACUUAACAAACUAUAAAAGGGGGAGCGUCGACGACGAUCAGGCGGCGAUCGCCCACCAGCUCCACUGCGACAACCCACUUCUUCUUGUCUGAAACGAUCAAGAUGGUUGGCUUCUCGAACAUCGUCCUUGGCCUUUCGGCCGCCGCGGCAACCCUCGCGGCUCCCACCGCCGAGCGCGGCGCGGCUAACUUCGUCCUGCACCCUGAUCAUCCUCUGGCCCGCCGCAUCGGCAACCUGACGGCGCGCUCCAACCCGAGCUACACGCAGAACUACCAGACUGGCGGCACCGUCAACUUCACCCCCACGGGCACCGGCUUCACGCUGAACUACAAUGUCCAGCAGGACUUUGUUGUCGGCGUCGGCUGGAACCCCGGCAGCAACCAGCCCAUCACCCACUCGGGCACCUUCACCGUCAACAGCGGUCUGGGCAGUCUCAGCGUGUACGGCUGGAGCACGAACCCGCUGGUGGAGUACUACAUCAUGGAGGUGAACGACGGCAUCACGGUGGGCGGGCAGCAGAUGGGCACGGUGGAGAGCGACGGCGGCACCUACACCAUCUGGAAGCACCAGCAGGUGAACCAGCCGGCCAUCGCCGGGUCGGGCCUGUACACGUUCUGGCAGUACAUCUCGAUCCGCGACUCGCCGCGCACGAGCGGCACCGUCACGGUGCAGAACCACUUCGACGCCUGGGCGAAGCUCGGCAUGAACCUCGGCACCAUGAACCUGCAGGUCGUCGCCGUCGAGAGCUGGAGCGGCAGCGGCUCCGCCCAGCAGACCGUGUACAACGGCGGCUCGGGCAGCACUGGCGGCAGCGGCGGCGGCAAUGGUGGCAGCAGCGGCGGCAAUGGUGGCAGCAGCGGCGGCAGCGGCGGCAGCACCGGCACCUGCUCCGCGCUCUGGGGCCAGUGCGGCGGCCAGGGCUGGACCGGCCCGACCUGCUGCUCCCAGGGCACCUGCAAGGCCCAGAACCAGUGGUACUCGCAGUGCCUGCAGUAAAUUACUAAGCGGCACAGCUUGGCAGUCCGGUGGAGAGAGGCGUAUGUAUAUAGGGGGCAGGCAGUGGGGGCUGUGGCGGAACGGGGUCGCGGGAACGCUUGGGUGAUGUGAGGGGGGUUG